AUGGUGGCAGAAGAAGAUAGUGAGUUUGACGAUUUUAUGUUAGACAUUUUGUUCGAUGCGCAAGAUGUUAAGAAUGAAUUGUGUGCUAAAGUUGCUCAACAACACGAGAGUAGAAUCGCGGAAAAUGGCCAUCCUUGGUCACACUAUGUCAUCGGUAGGAUGCUUUUUGAAGGCGUCCAUCCAUUCCACAAAAAUGCCCAUAAAGCUUUUGUACAUAUGACAAUAGCAGCGGAGAAAAAAAUCUAUGAAGCUUAUUGGUAUCUAUCACAAAUGUAUGGCUAUCGCCAGCAGAAAGUUCUUGCCGAAUCGACUGUCAAACUUGUUAGCAGUCACAAAGCUAUGUUGAAAAUACAACUUCGAAUGUGGGCAAAAUCGGCGAUAGCUGGUCCUUAUUUUUAUUCUUUCUAUUCAUUGAAACAAUUUAGUGAUGAUACUAAAUCGUCUGCAUUAGCGGCUAAUGCCUAUUGCGAAGUAAUAUCCAAAUUAUGUACCAAAAUUAAUGUCUUUAAGUUAUGUAACCCUACCCCAACUGAACAAUUGGGUCAGCAUUACUUUGAAUUAGCAUGUUUACUACUUUAUACUGAUGUCGAUGACGAAGGGUUCGCUAAAAGAGUAGCUAUACGAUUGAAAAUGUCGAAAAUUGCCCGUGAAUUACACGAUGGUAAUAUCGAUCGAGAUUGGACAGAUCAUUACGAUGAUAUUAAAAAGAUACUACCAGCAGUGACUAUCGAAUGCUUAAUUAAAGCUGGUGAAAAUGGGUGUCCUGCUGGAUUUUAUUAUUUACGCUAUUUAUAUUGUCAAGAUACUCAACUAAUUUUAUCACCCGAAGCCAAUUAUCACGCCAUACAAUUUCCUUGCCAAGUGGAAGAAAAUCGUACAGUAGCCUUUACUUAUUUAAAACGUGCAGCAAGCGGUGGUCAUCCUAUGGCGCAAUAUGAAAUUAUUAUUCGUGGUGAUAGCAAAUAUCCCUAUCGCUAUUUAUUCGCUGGUAUCUCAUUAAGUGUACUAUCAACCUAUUUAGAAAGUCUAUGUAAUUAUGGUUAUAAACAAAUUCUAUUACUACUGGCUACAUGUUACUUUCGCGGAGUUGGUAUUACAAGGGAUAAGAAAAGGGCUCUAGAUAGUUUAGAAGAAAUGUUACUAGCGCCAAAUAUAGUUUAUUUUCCCAAUAUUAUUGAUCAAACACAGCAUCAAGAAUUAAGUCAAGAUUUGCUGGAGCAUAAUAUUUAUGGCAUUGCUGGAUAUCAAUCACCAACACCAGUUCGUUGCUUCAACGGUAGCUUUGACAAAUUUGAUUACUUAACACCCUAUCACUACUUUCUACUAGCAUUUUUUUAUGAACGUGGCUUAGGUAUAACAAAUCAAGAUGAGAAAGCAGCUUCAUUUUAUCGCUUAAGUUAUGAACUAAUAGAGAAAUUUUGUUAUAAUGACCAAGAUCAUUUCGUCCAUUUCUAUGGUAUUUCACGCGGAUAUUCUCUACUAUCGUUAUGUCGUAUUGGUAAAAUGAUCGAAGGAGAAAAAAUUGAUUGUGACAAUUUAACUUUAGCUGAAGAAUGCUAUAGACGAGCUUUAACAACCCACAUUUCAACGAAUAAAGUAUUACAAUUUGCAUAUGCUUACUAUCGACUGGGUAAAUUUUAUUCUAAUCCUGAUCAUGGACAAUACCGCAGUUUAGCUAAAUCCUAUUAUAAUUUCGAUGAAGUUCUUUGCGUUGAUCCUAAUCAACCAGAUUUAUUUCGUAAUUAUUGCAGUUAUUAUAUGGGAAAAAUUUAUGACCAAGGUUUAGGUGGUGGAGAAGUCAACCAUAGAUUAGCAGCAAUGAAUUAUUCCGGGUUGGCUGGUGUUAUUAAUGCGCAUUUCCAUCCAUACUGUGAUAUUUACUUUACUUACAUGCAGCAAAAAGCCAAGACCAGGAUUAAAUCAGAAGUUCCCUUGGAAAUCUUGCAGAAAGGGAAAAACGUUAUUGCAACGUAUGAAAAAGCAUGCAAAUAUGGUACUAGUACCAUGGAUGUUGUGCGAGUUCUCAUUUUUGGAGUGGAAAACGUUGGAAAAACAUCAUUGCUGAAAUCACUCAUUGGUGAGGAAACAAAAACAGACCAGUUACCAACAAUCGACAUUGAUACUUCUAGAAGUGUAGACAGCUCAGAUUGGGACGCUGAUGGAAAUAUUAAGGAAGGUUGCCGCUAUGAUGUUGAGCGAGACGUUAGUACCGGAAGCGGGUACAAUACUGAUUCAGAUGAAGAAGUUGUUAUGGCUGCAGGCAAAAGAAACGGUGUAAUUGAAAAUGGCGAUACGAUGCACUCAGGAAAUCAGAUACAAAAUCAUAGUGAUGAAGAUAAAAAUAAUAAGAAUAUUUCACAUAAAUCAGAUAAAUCACAGACUCAACAGGGUGUGAAGAAUGAUGCAAAUUCUGGUCAUCUCUUUAUUGAAGCUGGGAUAAGUGGAGGAAAAGGUCUGUUGAAAACUGUUUUAAGAAAAGGUAUGGCAGAAAAAUUACGAGCCACAUUACAACAAGCUAGUGAUAAACAAAAGAGCAAUGCAAAACAAAGUGAUGAGCAAAGAUCUCGAAGUCGUUCAUUGCAAACUAAAUCGAAAUCAAAGAAACAUAGGAGUACAAGUGCCCAUGAGAUGCCAUCUGAACCUCGUGAAAGAAAAUAUUCAUUGCAAGGCAAUAUUCGCAGUAAUAGCCGAGGAAAUAACGAUCGAUGUAAAACACCACCCUUGACAAAAGAGGAAAGUGGAAUGCAAUUGAAAUUUUGGGAUUUCAGCGAUAGCUUUGAAUACUAUACAACCAAGUUAUCAUCACGUAGCUCUAUCUAUAUCCUCGUUUUUAAUGCAGCCAAGCAUAUAGAAGAAAUGAUUGAAAAAAGAGACGGUAGUCACGAUAUCUAUACGUAUUUGGAUAAGAUGACGACUUGGCUUCAGUCCAUACAUUUACAUACGUUACGAGAAGAGGAUUGCAUAUUAGGGAAUGAUUUAUCGUUUUCACCUCCAGCAAUUAUCCUUGUUGGUACUCAUGGUGAUGAAAUUCAAAUUGAAAACGAAGAGGAAAGAACAAAUAAAAUAAAUCAGAUCAGUCAAGCAGAAAGUAAAGAAUCGGGUAAAGAAACUAAUGCUAAAGGGCGGCAUAAAGAUAAAGCCAAGUAUUAUUAUGCGCCAUGUACCAUGAGUAACAUUAGUUUGCCAACAGAUGAGGAAUUAUAUCCACAAGAUUGCAUACAAUCUGUUUGGUUAAAGAUAAAGUUCAAAGAUGAAAUACCUGAUAUUACAUUUUAUCGUUUACUAACAUGUUGCUUACGGAAAUGGAAUACCAACCCCAAGCUAUAUAGAAAUUGCGUUAUCUAUUCCAUAGCUACGCAAGUUUCUUUAAUAAUAAAAAAAGAAGGCAUUCAUGUUGGAUUACAGAUAUUAUUUCGUCCAGUGAAUAAGAAUGAAUCCAAACGAGAAAUUGAUGAUAAAAUGAUUACCAACGGGAUUGGAAUUGCAGCACGAGUUCAUGUUGAAAAACAACUUGUAAAAUUGCUUAAAAAAUGGAAUGCUAGCAUGAAAAAACAGUAUUCACUUUAUUUUUUAUGUCCAUGCAUUUGUCAGACUAAUCAAGAUCAUCUUGACGAUGAAAUGAAGCAAAAAGUUUGCAAUAAUUUUAUUAAUCUAGGCAAUGUUAUCAACACCUUAGAAGCAAGUAAAGAUCAAAAAAUUCAGUACAAAGACAUCCAUUGUGAUAAUUGCAAUCAAGCAUUCAGUAGCAUGAAUUAUUUAAAAUUUUGGUUUAAAUUGCCUGAUGAAAAUUUGCAAUAG